AUGGCGGCGGCAGCGUCACCAGCCCCUCAUAACGGGCGGCAGCCAAGCCGGGCGGAAGUGAGUUUUGACGGAAGUGGGUCCGUCCCGAAUUGGGUCCCCCGCGGGCGAAUGCGCAGGGCCUGGCGGCGGGGAGCGAUGGAGGCCGGCGGGCACGGGCAGGAGGCCGAGGCGGGCGGCCAUGGCGGCCACAAGAAGAAGCACAAGAAGCACAAGAAAAAGCACAAGAAACGGCACCACCACGAGGCCGGGCCGGCCCCGGGGCCCGAACCGCCUCGGCAGCCACGGCUGCGGCUCCGGAUUAAGCUGGGAGGGCAAAUCCUGGGCACCAAGAGUGUCCCCACGUUCACGGUGGUCCCCGAAGGGACGCACUCGCCGUCCCCGCUGCUGGCGGGGGAUGAGGAGGAGCCCAGCGUGCCCAUCGAGCAGUACCGGGCAUGGCUGGAUGAGGACAGCAACCUGGCCCCCUCCCCGCUGCCCGAGCUGGACCCCGAGAGCUGCUUCCCUGCCCGUGAGGAGGGCGAGGAGGAGGAAGAGGAAGAGGAGGAGGAAGAGGAGGAGGAGGAGCGGCGCUGGCUGGCGGCCCUGGAGAGGGGGGAGCUGGAUGACAACGGGGACAUCAAGAGGGAGGUGGACGAGUCCCUCCUGACGGCCCGGCAGCGCGCGUUGCUGCACAAGCAGCAGAGCCAGCCCCUGCUGCAGCUGCCCAUGGGCGCCAAGGCCAAGGAGGUGACGGAGGAGAUGCGGGAGAAGCGCGAGGAGCGGGCGCGGCGCCGGCGGCUGCAGGCGGCCCGCAAGGCCGAGGAGAGCAAGAACCAGACCAUCGAGCGCCUGACGCGCACGCACAAGGCCAAGGUGCGGGCCCUGCGCGAGCGCCGCGCCCGGCCCGCCCCGUGCCCCGUGGUUCAUUACCGCAGCGCCGCCGACGGCGUCACCGUCUCCUUCCCCGCCGGCUUCCCGGCGCCCGCGGCCGCCGCCGCGCCGCCCGCGCCGCCCGCCCAGCCCUGCGCCGUGCCCGGCUGCGGCAACGCCAAGCGCUACAGCUGCGCCCAAACCGGGCGGCCCCUCUGCAGCCUGGGCUGCUACCGGCGCAACCUGCAGCUGCUGCAGAGCGCGGGCUGAGAGCGGGGAGGGGCUACGGGAACUCUCCAGGGCCUACGGGACCUCUCUGGGGGGGGUACAGGACCUCACCAAGGGGCUAUGAGCCCUCUGUGGGGGCUACAGAUCCUCUGCAGGGGGCUAUGGAUCCUCUGAGGGGCUCUCCAGACCCUCACCAGGGAGCUACAGAUCCUCUGCAGGGGGCUAUGGAUCCUCGCUGGGGAGCUACGGGUCCUCACCAGGGGCUGCAGACACUCUCCAAGGGGUUAUAGAUCCUCUGAGGGGGCCUACAGACACUCUGAGGGGAGCUAUGGGUCUUCUCUGGGGGGUUAUGGACCCUCUAAGGACAGCUACAGACUCUUACUAGGGGGCUACAGAUCCUCUUGGGGGGUGUGGAACCUCUGAGACGAGCCACAGGCCUUCUCUGGUGGGCUACAGAUCCUCUGAGGGGAGAUAUGGGUCCUCGCCAGGGCCUACAGACCCUCACCAGGGGGAUAUGGGACCUCUGUAGGGGCUACAGAUCCUCCCUGGGGGGCUACAGACCCUCACUAGGGGCUACAGGACCUCAUCCAGGGGCUGUGGAUCCUCUGAGGGGGCUGUGGAUCCUCUCUGAAGGGCUAUGGACCCUCUAUGGGGGGUCCAGACCCUCACCAGGGAGCUACAGAUCCUCUGGGGGGGCCUGAAGAUCCUCUGUGGCGGGCUAUGGAACCUCUGUGGGGGGCUAUGGACACUCUGAGGAGAGCUCUGGGCCCUCUGCAGGGGCUGCAGGCCAUCUGUGGUGGGCUACGGGACCUCUGAGGGGGCUACAGGACCUCACCAAGGGGCUACAGACACUCUGUGAGGGCUAUGGAUCCUCUCUGAGGGGGCUGUAGAUCCUUUGUGGGGUUACCAACCCUCACCAGGGGCUAUGCAUCCACUCUGGGGGGGCUACAGACCCUCUGUGUGAGCUGCAGACCCUCACCAGGGGACUAUGGACCCUCCCUGGAGGGUUAUGGAGCAUCUGUGGGCUCUACAGACCCUCUGCGGGGAGUACAGAACCUCUUUGGGGGUCUAUGGAUCCUCUCUGGGGCGCUGUGGAUCUUCUCCGAGGCUGUGGAAGCUUUGCCGUGGAUAGAAGGGCCAGACCACCCGGCCAUGUGGAGUUCCUGCAUUGUCCACACGGACACAGAGGGCUGGAAGAGGAACCUGUGAGUCUGCGCUGUGGGGAGCUCCAGACCUUCCACGUGGGGCCAGAACAAGGAGAUUCAGAAUGUCCAUCAUGGAUACGGAGGCUCUGGCCAGGCCACCCGGAGAGCCGCAGUUCCUCAUGGACACCUGGAGCUCCUCCAAACGGAGGUGGAACCUGGGAUGUGGAGCUCCAGAGGGCUCCGGGCUCUCCACGGUGGACACGGAGGGUUGGGGACCCCGGCAAGGACAGAGGGUGGUCCUGAGGUGGCGGAGCUGAUUAAAAGCUGUUG